AUGUCACAGUACUCGCCGUCAUUCGGCACAUCCCCUCUGCCACCGGCGUCACCACAGCUCGUCGCGGAAGCGCCCAUUGCUGAACCUGAGCCUGACAUUGUGGAUUAUGGUCUGGACAAUAAUAUAGAGCGGACCAUCGAAGAAGAUGUUCUCGAAGUUCUGGACAAUGUAAAAAAUGGUCUCGAUACCUAUCGCGCUGAACCGUGCAAAUCAUCACCAAGCAUUCCACAACAGUCGCUUUCAUUUCCAAAGGCGGUGGAAGGAUGUCACAAGGCACCGUGCUCAAAGUGCAACCUAUGGCUCUCUGCGCUUUUGGGACUGUUCUUUCUGCUAAGCAUUGGCUUAUUCAUUGUUUGGGCAAUUACAAGUCGAGGUUUCUCCAAUCUUGGCAGCAUUCCAAGAGUUUGCACUUCACGAGACUGCAUCGACACCGCAUUCCGAUUUACUAAUAAUAUUGAUGAUACUGUUGAUCCAUGCGAGAAUUUCUAUCGUUACUCAUGUGGAAAAUAUCAUAGCCAAGACCUUGAAAAGCAGAAGAGUUUCGCGCAAAUACAGGAAGAAGCUACUCAUCGUGCCUUGUAUGGUCUACUCUCAUCUUCUGAUUCUAAUGACACCAGCAGGUCAGCCAGGUUGGCCCGUGAUGUUUUUGCAUCCUGCAUGAAUACUGAUCAGAGGACAAAAGCUGGCUACGCACCUCUACUGGACCGGCUAAGGAAUCUACCAUGUGGUCCAUUACUAAGUGGUUGUAACUUCAAUCCAGGGACAUAUAGCUGGGAGCGUCACAGUGGAAUGCUGGGUUGGUAUGCUGGGCAAUACAAUCUAGUCGUUUUUGAUACCGAUGUGCAUCCACAGGAGCGAACUCAGAUCACGCUACAAUUCCGUCCGCCUGAUCUUUCCAAAAUCGUUGAUCCUGUCCGUGACGAUCUCAUACGCCUGGCCAACCCUGGCCCAACAGAAUUUGACACACUUCUUCAGGUGCAACUCAAGCAGAGUCUUGCAAAAACCACUCUGUUAAAAUUAAUCCAGCCAGACGAAAAGCAGAGACAGAACAUGCUUGAAGAAGUCUCGGACCUAAUGGUCGACAUCUACAAAAUUUCAACAGGAACACCAUCCAACAUCACAUAUAUGACAUUCGAUCAACUCAAGAGGGCUGUUCCACAAAUAGCAUGGGACAAUUUACUCUACGCCGAGUUAUCUACUGUUAUGAAAUUAGCGGACACUUCGACGAUCUCAGUCAUAAAUCUCGUCUACUUUGAACAGCUAGCUCUGGUGGCAUCCAGACACUCAGCUCAAGCUUUGGCCAACUAUCUGGUUGUAGCUGCGGCAAGGCAUUUGGAACAGUAUAUCUAUAAUGAUGAACCGAGCUGGAUACAAUGCGUGGAAAAUUUGAAAUUAUUUGAGCCGGUACAGAAAUUGUAUAUACUCAGCCGUAGUAAUGACUACAAAUUGGAGAAGAUCAAAUUCUACCUCAUGGAUAUCAAGCGGAUGUUCAUUCUCUCCCAUCAAGCUAAAUUUCUCCGAUAUUUGGGUGAAAUCAACAGAAUUGCUUUUCUGGUCGGUUAUCCACGUCGCCUGACUGACGAGAACCUUGUAUGGAAGCCGCUUGCUACCAUGGUAGCUGAUCCAAAUGAUUACUUUGGCACAAUAAUUCGACUGCUAAAGCAGCAAUCUACUUAUCGCUUGUCGCAAGUGGGAACAUACUUAGAUACUGAUGACAGUACAACAUUCGAUGUACUUCUUCCUACUCUUCAAUUCAACCCGCAACUUUCAACUAUGGUGGUUCCAUUGGCCUUUCUGCAAGCUCCCAUAUCAUAUCCCAAAAAUGAUGCUCCAAAAUACUCCAUAUAUGGUAGCUUAGGAGUAACUGUCAACCACUUCCUGGCAAAGCUAAUUUGGCCCCGAGUAGAGAGAGGAUCUCAGAAGCAAUGUUUGGUAAAUAUCUUUCGCGGAUAUCUGUCCACACUCUACCGAAAUAAUGCAGAUUUCGAAGACGAAAUCUUAAGAACCAUCGAACUUUCCGAUGCAUUGGACACAACAUCCUACAGCUACAUCGCAUUGAAUGGGAACAAUACUACACGAGAGCAAAAGCUUCCAGGAUUUGAUAAUUUUGAUGACGUACAAAAUAUGAUGAUGACAUUCGGAACGAUGUUCUGCAAUAGAGACGGUGCCCAGCCUGGCUCACCCUACGAGGCAAUGAUCAACACUGUGGCAACUAACACGAAAUUACUCUCUCAGCAUUUCAAGUGCCUCAAUAGCUCUGCUAUCUUCUACAGAAGACAAUGCCUUUGA